AUGUGGGAGGUGAAGCUGGAGCCCAGCGUCAUCUUCAGCUACAGCGCUGGGAUCAGCGCGUGCGAGAAGGGCCAGCAGUGGCAGUGGGCUCUGGCGCUGCUGGGCGAGAUGUGCGAGGCGAGGCUGAAGCCCAACGUCAUCUUCAGCUGCAACGCUGCGAUCAGCGCGUGCGGGAAGGGCGAGCAGUGGCAGCGGGCUUUGGCGCUGCUGGGCGAGAUGUGUCAGGCGAAGCUGGAGCCCAGCGUCUUAGCUACAACGCUGGGAUCAGCGCGUGCGAGAAGGGCGAGCAGUGGCAGCGGGCACUGGCGCUGCUCAGCGAGAUGUGUAAGGCGAAGCUGGUGCCCAGCUCAGCUACAGCGCUGGGAUCAGCGCUUGCGAGAAGGGCAGACAGUGGCAGCGGGCUUUGACGCUGCUCAGCGAAAUCUGGGAGGCGAAGCUGGAGCCCAACGUCUUCAGCUUCAACGCUUUGAUCAGCGCGUGCGAGAAGAGCGAGGAGUGGCAGCGGGCUCUGGCGCUGCUGCGCAGGAUGUGUGA